AGGUUUUGCGAUGGCUGGAGAUAACCCUUGAGAAGCAUGCCACAUGCCACAUGGCUAUUCCAUGGCCAGGGGUUAGUAGCUCUUCACGGUUGCGUCAUUUGGAGACCUGGCUGCCAACUCGAGUUCUUUUGCAUCAUAUCUGUAUCAGUUCCAGCUCCAGUUUUGGCCUGAGGGAGGUUGUUUGCGGUUGUGAGCUCUCUUGGCAUAGAAAUCUUGUCUUGUUCGUCUCCACCUGCCUGCCUCAGUGCUCACCUGGGAUCUUGGGGGUACAUGUUCCUCCUUUACUGGACUGGAUGGCUGAUGGUCUUAGAGGUUCUGCUUUUUAUAACUAUGAUGCUAGGGGAGUGGAUGAACUUUCUUUACAAAUAGGAGACACCGUGCACAUUUUGGAAACAUACGAAGGGUGGUACCGAGGUUACACCUUAAGAAAAAAGUCGAAGAAGGGUAUAUUUCCUGCUUCAUAUAUUCAUCUUAAAGAAGCCAUAGUUGAAGGAAAAGGGCAACAUGAAACAGUCAUUCCAGGUGACCUUCCGCUCAUUCAGGAAGUCACCACAACCCUGCGAGAGUGGUCCACCAUCUGGAGGCAGCUCUACGUGCAAGAUAACAGGGAGAUGUUUCGAAGUGUGCGACACAUGAUCUACGACCUUAUCGAAUGGCGAUCGCAGAUUCUUUCUGGAACUCUGCCGCAGGAUGAGCUCAAAGAGCUGAAGAAGAAGGUCACUGCCAAGAUUGAUUAUGGAAACAGAAUUCUCGAUUUGGACUUGGUGGUGAGAGACGAAGAUGGGAACAUCUUGGACCCAGAGCUAACCAGCACGAUUAGUCUCUUCAGAGCUCAUGAAAUCGCUUCUAAACAAGUGGAGGAACGGUUACAAGAAGAAAAAUCUCAGAAGCAGAACAUAGAUAUUAACAGACAAGCCAAGUUUGCUGCCACCCCUUCUCUGGCCUUGUUUGUCAACCUCAAAAAUGUGGUUUGUAAAAUAGGAGAAGAUGCCGAAGUGCUCAUGUCUCUUUAUGACCCUGUGGAGUCCAAAUUCAUCAGUGAAAACUACCUGGUUCGCUGGUCAAGUUCAGGAUUGCCUAAAGACAUAGACAGAUUACAUAAUUUGCGAGCGGUUUUUACUGACCUCGGAAGCAAAGACCUGAAAAGGGAGAAAAUCAGCUUCGUUUGUCAGAUCGUUCGCGUGGGCCGCAUGGAGCUGCGGGAGAACAACACCAGGAAGCUGACCUCGGGCCUGCGGCGGCCUUUCGGAGUGGCCGUGAUGGAUGUAACAGAUAUAAUAAAUGGAAAAGUAGAUGAUGAAGAUAAACAGCAUUUCAUUCCCUUUCAGCCGCUCGCGUUGGAUGACGCCAUUCGACACAAGCCGCUGAACAUGUCAUCCCGUUUUUCACCCAGGGUGGCAGGGGAGAAUGACUUCCUUCAGACUGUUAUAAACAAAGUCAUUGCUGCCAAAGAAGUCAACCACAAGGGCCAGGGUUUGUGGGUAACCCUGAAAUUACUCCCUGGCGAUAUCCAUCAGAUUAGAAAGGAGUUUCCUCAUUUAGUGGACAGGACCACGGCGGUGGCUCGGAAAACGGGGUUUCCGGAGAUAAUCAUGCCUGGUGAUGUUCGAAAUGAUAUCUACGUAACUUUAGUUCAAGGAGAUUUUGAUAAAGGAAGCAAAACGACUGCAAAGAAUGUGGAAGUUACAGUUUCUGUUUACGAUGAAGACGGAAAACGACUGGAGCAUGUGAUUUUCCCCGGCGCUGGUGAUGAAGCGAUUUCAGAGUACAAGUCCGUAAUUUACUACCAAGUGAAACAGCCGCGCUGGUUUGAGACUGUGAAGGUGGCCAUUCCCAUCGAGGACGUCAACCGCAGUCACCUUCGGUUCACCUUCCGCCAUCGAUCCUCGCAGGACUCUAAAGACAAAUCUGAGAAAAUAUUUGCACUAGCGUUUGUGAAGCUGAUGAGAUACGAUGGGACCACUUUGAGGGACGGAGAGCAUGAUCUUAUCGUCUAUAAGGCCGAAGCGAAGAAGCUGGAAGAUGCUGGCACGUACUUGAGUCUGCCCUCCACGAAAGCGGAGCUGGAGGAGAAGGGCCACUCGGCGACGGGCAAGAGCAUGCAGAGUCUCGGGAGCUGCACCAUCAGCAAAGAUUCCUUCCAGGUGUCAACUCUCGUGUGCUCCACGAAACUAACCCAGAACGUGGAUCUCCUGGGGCUCCUCAAGUGGCGUUCCAAUACCAACCUGCUGCAGCAGAACCUGAGGCAGCUGAUGAAGGUGGACGGAGGCGAAGUGGUGAAGUUCCUCCAGGACACCUUGGAUGCCCUGUUCAACAUCAUGAUGGAGAACUCCGAGAGCGAGACUUUCGAUACCUUGGUGUUCGAUGCUCUGGUAUUUAUCAUUGGACUCAUCGCUGACAGAAAAUUUCAGCAUUUUAAUCCUGUUUUGGAAACGUACAUUAAGAAACACUUUAGUGCAACACUAGCUUACACGAAGCUGACAAAAGUGUUGCGGAACUACGUGGACAAUGCCGAGAAGCCGGCCAUCAGUGAGCAGCUGUACAAAGCCAUGAAAGCGCUGGAGUACAUCUUCAAGUUUAUCGUGCGCUCCCGGGUCCUGUUCAAUCAACUAUACGAGAACAAGGGAGAGGCCGACUUCAUGGGAUCCUUGCUGCAGCUGUUCCAGUCCAUCAGCGACAUGAUGACCAGUGUGUCGGACCAGACGGUCCGGGUGAAGGGGGCGGCGCUGAAAUACUUGCCAGCGAUCAUCAACGAUGUGAAACUGGUGUUUGACCCCAAGGAGCUCAGCAAAAUGUUUACCGAUUUCAUCCUGAAUGUCCCCAUGGGUUUGCUGACCAUUCAGAAGCUGUAUUGUUUGAUCGAAAUCGUUCACAGUGACCUCUUCACACAGCACGAUUGCAGAGAGAUCCUGCUUCCCAUGAUGACAGAUCAGCUCAAGUACCAUCUGGAGAGACAGGAAGACCUGGAGGCCUGCUGCCAGCUGCUGAGCAAUAUCCUGGAGGUGCUGUACAGGAAGGAUGUGGGCCCGACGCAGAGGCACGUCCAGAUAAUCAUGGAGAAGCUGCUACGCACAGUGAACCGAACGGUCAUCUCCAUGGGCCGGGACUCCGACCUCAUUGGGAACUUCGUGGCUUGUAUGACCGCUAUUUUACGGCAAAUGGAAGAUUAUCAUUAUGCCCAUUUGAUCAAGACUUUUGGGAAGAUGAGGACGGAUGUUGUGGACUUCCUGAUGGAAACAUUCAUCAUGUUUAAGAACCUCAUUGGGAAGAACGUCUACCCUUUCGACUGGGUGAUAAUGAACAUGAUGCAGAAUAAAGUCUUCCUGCGAGCGAUUAAUCAGUAUGCAGAUAUGCUGAACAAGAAAUUUCUGGAUCAAGCCAACUUUGAGCUGCAGCUAUGGAACAACUACUUUCACCUGGCUGUGGCGUUCCUCACUCAAGAAUCCCUGCAACUGGAGAAUUUUUCAAGUGCGAAGAGAGCCAAAAUCCUUAACAAGUAUGGAGAUAUGAGGAGACAGAUCGGCUUUGAGAUCAGAGACAUGUGGUACAACCUUGGUCAGCACAAGAUAAAGUUCAUUCCCGAAAUGGUCGGCCCGAUACUGGAGAUGACGCUAAUUCCUGAGACAGAGCUGCGCAAAGCGACCAUCCCCAUCUUCUUCGACAUGAUGCAGUGUGAGUUCCACUCCACCCGCAGCUUCCAGAUGUUUGAAAAUGAGAUCAUCACCAAGCUGGAUCAUGAAGUGGAAGGAGGCAGAGGAGACGAACAGUACAAAGUGUUAUUUGAUAAAAUCCUCCUGGAACACUGCAGGAAGCACAAAUACCUCGCCAAAACAGGAGAAACUUUUGUAAAACUCGUCGUGCGCCUGAUGGAAAGACUUCUGGAUUAUAGGACCAUCAUGCAUGACGAGAACAAAGAAAACCGCAUGAGCUGUACUGUCAACGUGCUGAAUUUCUACAAAGAAAUUGAAAGAGAAGAAAUGUAUAUAAGGUAUUUGUACAAACUGUGUGACCUGCACAAAGAGUGUGACAACUACACCGAAGCCGCUUACACUUUGCUGCUCCAUGCGAAGCUUCUGAAGUGGUCGGAGGACGUGUGUGCGGCCCACCUCACCCAGCGGGAUGGGUACCAGGCGACAACGCAGGGACAGCUGAAGGAGCAACUCUAUCAGGAAAUCAUCCACUACUUCGACAAAGGCAAGAUGUGGGAGGAGGCCAUCGCCCUGGGCAAGGAACUUGCCGAACAGUAUGAAAACGAGAUGUUUGAUUAUGAGCAGCUCAGUGAAUUACUGAAAAAACAAGCUCAGUUUUACGAAAACAUCGUCAAAGUGAUAAGACCCAAGCCUGACUAUUUUGCUGUUGGCUACUAUGGACAAGGAUUUCCCACAUUCCUCCGGGGGAAGGUUUUCAUUUACCGGGGCAAAGAGUACGAACGCAGGGAAGACUUCGAGGCUCGGCUCUUAACCCAGUUUCCAAACGCUGAGAAAAUGAAGACGACAUCUCCACCAGGCGAGGAUAUUAAGAGCUCCCCGGGCCAGUAUAUUCAGUGCUUCACAGUGAAGCCCAAACUCGAUUUGCCCCCGAAAUUUCACAGGCCUGUGUCAGAGCAGAUUGUAAGUUUUUACAGGGUAAACGAGGUCCAGCGAUUUGAAUAUUCUCGGCCAAUACGCAAAGGAGAGAAAAACCCAGACAAUGAAUUUGCGAAUAUGUGGAUCGAGAGAGCCGUCUACACCACUGCAUAUAAGUUACCCGGAAUUCUAAGGUGGUUUGAGGUCAAGUCUGUUUUCAUGGUGGAGAUCAGCCCCCUGGAGAACGCCAUCGAGACCAUGCAGCUGACGAACGACAAGCUGGACAGCAUGGUGCAGCAACACCUGGAUGACCCCAGCCUUCCCGUCAACCCCCUGUCCAUGCUGCUCAACGGCAUUGUGGACCCUGCCGUCAUGGGUGGCUUUGCAAAUUACGAAAAGGCCUUCUUUACAGAGCGGUACCUGCAGGAGCACCCAGAGGCCCACGAGCAGAUUGAGAAGCUCAAGGACCUGAUCGCAUGGCAGAUCCCAUUUUUGGCCGAAGGGAUCAGGAUCCAUGGAGAGAAAGUCACAGAAGCACUGAGACCUUUUCAUGAGAGAAUGGAAGCCUGUUUCAAACAGCUAAAGGAAAAAGUGGAAAAGCAGUAUGGCGUCCGGACCAUGCCCUCAAGCCUGGACGACAGAAGAGGCAGCCGUCCUCGGUCCAUGGUGCGGUCCUUCACGAUGCCAUCUUCGUCACGGCCUCUGUCGGUGGCCUCCGUGUCCUCCCUGUCAUCGGACAGCACCCCUUCCAGGCCAGGCUCUGAUGGGUUUGCCCUGGAGCCCCUCCUGCCAAAGAAAAUGCACUCCAGGUCCCAGGACAAGCUGGACAAAGACGACGUGGAGAAGGAGAAGAAGGACAAGAAGAAGGAGAAGAGGAACAGCAAGCCUCAGGAGAUAUUCGACAAGGAGCUGAGAGCUGCCGACAGCCCCCUGCAGCAGCCGGAGGCCGUGAUCCUUUCCGAGACGAUAAGUCCCCUGCGGCCCCAGAGGCCCAAGAGCCAGGUCAUCAAUGUCAUCGGAAGUGAGAGGCGCUUCUCGGUGUCCCCGACGUCGCCGUCCUGCCAGCAAACACCCCCGCCGGUCACGCCACGGGCCAAGCUGAGUUUCAGUUUGCAGUCCAGUUUGGACCUGAAUGGCAUGACAGGGAUGGAGGCGGCCGAGGUCCCACCGCCUCUGCCUCUGAAAGGCAGCAUGGCAGAUUAUGGGAACCUGAUGGAAAAGCAGGACGCGAUGGCUUCUGCGACGCCCCCACCCCCUCCCCCCCACCAGAGGCACCUGCCACCUCCACUGCCCAGCAAAACCCCGCCUCCUCCCCCUCCAAAGACGACGCGCAAGCAGACGUCUGUGGACUCCGGGAUCGUGCAGUGAGCGCGGCAGGACGGGCUGGAAGGAGCAAGCUGCCGUCCUUCCUCUCCCUCCGUGUGUCUUUCUGUGUCUGGCGUUUACCUCAUUGGGGCUGUGAUGUCUGACAUUUAGUGCAAUUGCUUUUCCUUAAAAGGAGCUGGUUUUCAGCCGUGGAGUACGUGGCCCUUAGUAUCAGGGAGCAAGGUGGAUAUGGGCCUGGCACGUACCGUUGUGUUGAUCAAAAGUGUGUCCUCCUUGAGAGAGCCUGAGUCUUGCCCAAAAGCCCUUUCCUUUUGUGCCAAAUGACACGUUAGCACAGAGUUCAGCGGAGCCGCGGUGAGCAUCGUAGACGAGGGUAGGCCAUCCAACCCCCCUGAGAACUGCAUGGCCACCGAGCCUCCGAACGCUCCCCGUCUCGGAGCCCGUCCCCAGCUUACGCGCGCAGAAUGUUUUACCAGACCCUCCCCACUGUGGCUGAUGGUGUGACUUUUUGUGGGUUGAAUGUCUCUUCAACCUGCAUCGGGCAAUUAAGGUCAACGCUUUCAGGGAGGUUCCUGAUUUCCUCUGGUAUAAUUUAAAGUAGGACAUUUCGCAGCUACUGAACAGUUACUAAUUUAUGGAGUGGAAACACGAUUAAAAAUACUGGAUCAAGUGGAAAAAUAGCUAUGAGUAAAGGAAGAUCACUUUUCUUUCCUUUUUAAAAAAGAAUACAUAGACCACAAGAGAUGGUGUUAAUUGGGUAAAUUCUUGUUCUCUUUCUGUACAGAAGUGUGUAUAUAUGAUUGUCUUUAGAACUCAUUUUCGUUUUUGUGGUCCUUCCAUUUAUUGUAAUAGGUGUCUGCAAAUGACUGCCAAUGUAUGUUCUUAAUUUUUAACUGCUGGAAAUGUAAAACAAACAAACAAAAAAAAAA